UAUGGAAUUAUGAUGGUUGCCACUGGUGCUGCGGAAGCGUCCGUCAGGCGGGGCAGCUCAGCUGGCGGUGACAAUUCACCUGGAACUUUGCCCAGGUCUUGCUGUGUCAACAACUUAUCGAUAAGUCCCAGUCCUCUAGAUUACUCAACGGGGGAGCAAAUAAAGAAACCGGUCGAGUUCUCUCUAGUACCUGCCUGCGCAGUCGUCGUUGAACGCUGCAGGUAUCUUGUUCACUCCUGGAGGUUAUACGGUACCCAUUCUAGACCGCGAAAAGGCACAGAUUAUGGGAAGCAAGAACCGUCAACCAAUGUACCAAGAUGUAAAUGGCAUCCGUAUUCCACUUGGCUUUGACCCCACCAAGCUGCUCUCAUGCUUAGAAUACAAGGCUUCUGCAGGGGACAUCUUCAUCGACACUUUUCCAAAAUGUGGCACAAACUGGACAAAACGCAUCGUUCAACUUCUUGUGGAUGAGCACACCACUAAGGAGAGUGACUACGGCUUGUCCACUUCCUUCUUUGAGAUGGUUGGCAAGGAUACCGUAGCUGCUUUACCAGAGCCCAGGAUCAUUACUACUCACCUUGCUUACGAGCUACUCCCAAAGCAUGAGCAGGCGAGAUACAUAUAUGUUGUGAGAAACCCCAAAGACUGUUGUGUUUCUUACUUCCACCACACAAAAAGGACAAAGAUUUACAACUUUGAGGAUGGGACAUUUGAUGAGUAUUUGCAACUCUUCAUUAAGGGAGCAACAAGUUUCGGGGACUACUUCAGCCAUCUUGUCUCCUGGUAUCCGCAUGUUGAUGAACCAAAUGUGCUUUUCCUAACCUAUGAGAGCAUGAAGAAGGAUCCUGCAUCUGCUGUACUCAAGAUCGCCAAGUUUAUCGGUGUUAAAGACCCUGAGCUACUUUGUGUUGACUCAAAAAAAUUCCAGGAAGUAGUAAUGAACAGCAGCGUUGACCGCAUGAAGGAGUACCUGAACACCAAUUACAAGAAGGCUCUUGGGAACCAGGAUCCAGAAAAUUGGACAGCUAAAAAGGAUUACCCAUUAAGCAGACCACCGCCACCUCCUGAAGUUAUGGUGCGUAAAGGCAUCAUAGGAGACUGGAAGAACUACUUUGACAAGGAUCAGUCACAAGCCAUUGAAACAGCUUUUGUGCAGAAGUGUGGUCAUGUUGUGGACCAUGCAAAGCUCUGGGAUCCGAAGGACUGGAUACAAGAAGCUUGACACUUUUGCAAAAUUCCAGGUGUGACCAUUUUAAGGGUGUUCUCCGGCUAAUAACAAAGUGUUGGGACCAAUGCAUGAUAUGCAAUAUUGCUUUGAUUACUGUGGACAAAUGCUCAUUAUGUUGACAACGAUGUGAAACUUGUAGUGUAGAGGAUGUUGCAGGUGCCGGAGAAUGUGCAGUGCUGUUUUUCUCGCAAUUAGCGAAAUUGUGCGUGGGUAUCACCUGACACAAACUGAUGGCUUUUCAAAAAAAUGAUUAUUUUUGCUUGUGCAAGGUAGUUACUAUAAUACUCGCUAUUAGAAGUGGCCUUGUGUCACAGUUUUUGCAUACAUAACACUUCUUAAAAUGCCUUUAAUAUAGCUAUGGCAUGAGAAAUGAGGUCUGCUUAAGAAAAAUGCACGCUAUGUAUGGUUUAGAGCCCUGAAGAGCGUCAUAAAUUACGGUCAACACUGGCGAUGCAUUUGAAAGAAACUGUUGUUUGCAUUAUUGCCACUUAAUACUCAUGUUAAGAAGAAUAACAUAUUUUAAGAGCUCAUUUUCGUGAUAGUUCUGAGCAUUCAUUGUUCUGUUGUUUGUAAUUGCUCAAUCACACUUUUAUGAUAUAAAACUACUGUGUGUGUACUAUGUAUCUGUUGUAUGAAUUGCACUCGAUUUUCAAAAUGUGACUUUUCUACUGAUGCAGAAAUUUGUGGUUCAGCCUUACUAACAUUGUGUAUCUUGCAACCACUAGUCGAGAAGCACUAUUACGCAGAGAAUGUAGGGGACAGAAAUGUUGAAUGAGGCUGAUUGUGCAAUGCUUUACAUUGUCUUCAUGUGCAAGAAGAAAAAGUAUGUCAUACUUCAUAAGUCACUCAGCAGUCGCAGGAAUUUCAGUUAUGAAGGUUGGUGUGCGUCGCGUAAAGCAUUUUUACCUCAUGAAUUUGUAAGUGUAUUUACAUCUUGCGGCGAGGCAUUUGUUAUAGAUGUGAAAAAUGUGUGCUGUGAUGUGGUAUUCAAGGAGGUCACUUGUUAACCCAGUGUCUCUCAACUUUUCAUAUACUCUCUAUUUAAAUUUUGUAUUUAGGAACUAAAAUAAAAAUGAUUUUUUUUUUA